AUGGAUCCAGAAAAUUAUCGAAAAUAUUUUAGAGCUCUCUGUUGGAGUGGCACUAGAAGGACUGACAAAAAGCCACCAAAGAAAUUUAACAAAAAAGAUAGACUUAAAAGAUUGAAAGGAUCUAAUGCUCUUGCAAUUUGUUAUGCUCCUGCCCUGCUAGCAAAUCCUUCACAAUUUGCUGUGUUUGUUACCGUCCGUAGAACCAUUCUAGCUCGCUGUCGGCAACUUCAAGCUGUCUCAUUAGAUUUAUCUGAUGAAAGUGAUAAUGAAGAAGUUGUUCCUCCAGCAAAUGUUGCAAAGUUAUCAAAGAUCACUGGCAUUGGAUUACGCACAGUUUUUGCCCUUAUAUCUCAGGCUCGGCACACUGAUGCUCAGUUUUGUGAGCAAUCACUUAAAGCUCUAUUGGAUGUACUGCAGGGUCAUGCUCCUGAAGAUCUAGCUCAUGAAUCCUAUGAGAUCAUGUCAAAUCUACAUGGUAUGUUAGUAGAAGUAUCAGGCAGCAGCUGGUCUACAGGGCGCAUGGAGUCACCUUCUACAAUAACAUCCAUAAGUAGCUCUUGUCUUAUUGCAUUAGCAGUAGCCCGUGGUGAGGCUGAACUGGUCCUGGGUGCUGUAGCUUCUUUGAUUAUGGCUGGCCCUUCCCUUACAGACCAAUAUAUUCAGAUACCUACCAAUUUAACCAUUCUGCAAAGGAGUGUACAGUCUGUGAUUCUUGGACCUCCAUCCCGUAACUUAUGGUUAAAUUUUGGUGUGCCUCAUAAAUCUUUAGUGAGAAGCUUUCCAGUUGAUUUACCAUCGCAGUUGACAGCAGGAACAUCAGAACUUAUAGUUCGAUCUUUGGUGUCCGAUGGGUGUUACCUCUAUGUAUUCACAUCAAAAGGCUUGUUAAAAAUCGGCUCUGGAUAUGGUAGCUCUAUCAGACAGCAUGUUUAUCUACACAAAAAUGACUUUUUCGCUAGCGAUCGUCAUGGUUGGCUUGGAUAUUGUAGAAAUAAAUUAUAUGUUAGGAUUGGCCGUAAGCGAAGUGAAGUGCAUGAGGUGAACAAAGAUACCCUGGAAGUAAGGAGUAUAAUUCGCUUAGAUCCAGGGCAGUCUGCUAGCACUGAAUCUAAAUGUGCAGUAUUUACUGAUGGCAAUUUGUUAGGCUUGAUAAUCCUUAACAAUUAUGAUAAUCUAACUAUCAAAUUGUACGAUGCGGAGGCGACUGCUGCCGAGCGCUCUCAAGGAGGAAGACAUACUGUGAUUGCUAGAAGGGAAUUUACCGUACAUCUCCUUAGGCGGCGAACGCUAGUGUUGGGACGACCAUCCUUUGAUGACGGUUUGUCCAGGCGGAUGGUUGAUCUCGAUUCUCCCGUAGCGAUGCAAUUAGAUGAUAACGAUGAUGACCCUUUGUUAGCUAUAUGUGCUGGUCAAGACUUUGGUUUAUUAACCACGUCUUCUGGAAAAGUGUACUAUACUGGCAAGGGUACCAGUUUAGGCUAUAAGGUUCCCACACCACAUACUGGUCGCUGGACUCUGAUGAAGGAAACACUUUUUACUAAGAAUGAGGCCCCAAAUGUUAAAAGGUGCAGAGUAGCACAGGUGGCAUUGGGCCAUGAAGGAGUCCAUGCUAUUCUAGUCCUAGACAACGGAUCGGCUUUGUUCACGGGUAUAGCACGCCGAGGUGAAGAUGGCGACGCAAAUAAACAUAGACGCACACCAAAACCGACACGUCCUAAGAAAAUUCUAAGGGCGGAAAGGCAUUAUAUCGUAUAUGCAGCUUGCAAUUACGGAUCUACUGCGCUUGUGACGCGACAGGGCGAGUUGUUCAUGUUUGGCAAAGAUACACAACAUUGCGAUGAGUCAGGACUCGUCACUGGAUUACGUCACGAGAGAGUUAUACAGGUCGCAUUAGGAAAAGCGCACGCAAUUGCUCUUACAAACUUUGGCGAAGUCUACUCUUUUGGAAUCAAUAAUAAAGGUCAAUGUGGAAGAGAAUUUGGAUAUACAAAAGAGAAGUUUGGGCCAAAUCGUAACAACGCCGGGAAGGAGGAGGCUCGUCUAUGUCCCGGCGCGCACUCGUGGAGCGUAGAAUAUUGCCGCGUGUGUGUGCUGUGCAGGGAAUGCACAGGGUUUGCCGGCGGCUGCCACUGCGCCACACUACCGAACAGAUUACCCGGCGAACGCUGUGGGUGUGGCGAGGGCGACAGUGGGUGCAGCGUGUGCGGCGUUUGCCGGCGCUGCGCCGAGGCCUCCACCUCUACCGCUGUCACUAGAGCAGACCAGGUUUUCGCUAAUGAUAAAGAUCAAUCUCAGCCGGAGAGCUCAAGUCCUGCUCCAGGGAUAGGUCCUGUGUCCAUUCCACUGUCACUAGCACUCGGUCCAGGUCCAGAGUUAGAGCGGGAAGCGAGUGUGAAAGUGAGCUGCUUGUCCCCCGCUAGAGUGAUAGUACCUGGAGGACACCGCGUAGUGUCCGUGGCUUGUGGACUACACCAUAGUGUACUGUUAAGUGAACAUGGCGAAGUGUUCACAUUUGGAUCGAAUCAGUGGGGAGCGCUAGGUGCGGGCGAUAUAGCGACACAUCACAGGCUAGUCCGAGUGCGAGUGCCGCGCGCGUCCAGCGUGGCCGCCGGUAGUAACCACACCGCAAUACUUACGAGGGACGGCGAACUGUACACCUUUGGCAGUUUUCAGAAAGGAUCUCUUGGUCGAGCGAGGCAAGAUGAACCGCCGCGUUCUGAACGUGCUCCAGUGUGGUACGCGACGCCUGGUCGAGUGCCACGAAUCGGUCCUCGACACGGCUGUCGUGCAGUUUGGGUCUGUGCCUCUGGAGACCAGACCUUUGUGCAAAUCUCACAAGCCCUCAUAAAUACGGACAAUUUAUUCAGCGCAACUAUAACCGCUAACAGCAAUAGUAUAAUCAUUCUGCCAAAUCGACCGGAACACACUUUUAAGUGCAUUACUAUUAACAAAAAUGACGGUUCCUGUAAUGCCUGGACUGGACCUGAGCAAGUAGAUUUUGUAAACACUCUGGCUUGUCUCGACCCAUUGUAUGAUGUUCUAUGGUGCUAUCAACCUCAGAUGCGAGUUAUGAAGUGCUACAAUAUCGUUGCAUUUGAUUCUCAUAAACUACAGCGAUGUUGCUCUAAUGACCCGGAGGCUUUUGCCGAUCCAGAAUUUGAUUUCCCACAUUAUGGUUGCAUGAAGAGGUUAGAGGAUUUUAGAUACUUGGAGAGCUUUGAAUGGAUCAGCAAUAACGAUAGUAAGGAGUCAGAGAACAUUGCACUCUCCAAUAUGUCAAUACUUAAUCAAGAAUUAGCGAUUCCAUGCACGCCAGGAUGUCAAGUUACCAGGAUCCAUGCUGCCCUACACUUGUUGGGCUGUUUGGACUCAUUGACUUAUGCUCACGACAACAAGCCAGCGGUAGUAGAAUGCAAAAGAGACAAUAAUAUAUUGCCUGUUGCACCAGUCGUCGAAGAUUAUUUGACUGUCAACCGAUUUGAAAAUCAUGGUGGCGGUUGGGGCUACUCGGGCCAUUCAGUUGAGGCGAUUCGCUUCAUGUGCGACAAUGAUAUCUUACUUGGUGGUAUAGGUCUUUACGGAGGUAGAGGGGAGUACACUGCUAAGAUUAGACUAUAUGACAUUGGUCCUGAUGGCGGUGAUCAAGAAGCAGAUGGUGAAAUGAUUUUCGAAUCGGAUGAUAUUUUUUAUGAGUGUGCUCCAAAAGACAAGUAUCCUCUAAUGUUUGAAACACCAUUUUCGUUAGUCGCUGGUAAAUGGUAUGUUGUGGCUGCUAAUAUCAACGGUCCUUCAUCAGAUUGUGGCUCGUCCGGUCAAGCUAUGGUUAUUAACGAUGAUGUAGGCUUCCAUUUUAAAACAUCAAAGAAGUCAAACAACGGCACUGAUGUAAACGCCGGGCAAAUACCUUGCCUUUUGUAUAAUAUUAUGGGUCCAGAUCAUCCCAUGCCUAUUAGGCACUUAGAUCCCGGCGAGCCAGUCAUACUUCUAUCAAGAAACUUAUCACGAAAAGUGACUGUAUCUUGCUUCCGUUCGCUAAUAUCGCUAUUGCAAUGGAGCUGGAAAACAUUUAGAGACAUUCUAUUGGAUACUAAUGGCCAAAUACCAAUAAACUAUCACAAACUUACUGUGAUGAAACACCAAAAGAGACUGGUGUACGUCAUACGAGCCGGUUUGCGGAUAGUGAAGUCGUAUAUCAAAGAAGUCUAUCCACAAAGUGUUAAAAAGAAAAAUUCACCAGAUUACAUGUCGUAUUUUGAUUCGAUAGCCGAUGUGAGGAGUUUCAUUCAGGGUGUGAUGGCAGAGUCAACCCCAACUUGUGCAGCACUGCCGCGGAAGCAAGGACGAAGCAAAGCCCACAGGACGUGCUAUGUACAAUUCGCAUUAGAACUGACUAACUCUAUACUAAAAGAAGCUCACGAAACUUUCAAUGCAUGCUUUUAUGCAUUCUUUCCGACACCAAUUUUGAAAUGGAAUCACCUAUGCUUUAUGUUAUAUCACGUUCGGGAUGGAUAUGUGCCCUCGAGCCAAGUUCGUGAACUGACAGCUACCUGCGCGGCAAUGUGUCUCUCCCAAAGCUUACGCGAUGUACUACAGUACAUUGUGCCUUUCACGCAAAGCUAUACCGCCCUGGAGGAGGCCCGUAAAUCUGAGGCUAAGAUAAAAGAAAUUCCGAGUAAAUCUGCAACAGUACCUCGAUCGUCACACGCACAGAAACCUCCACCUGUUCCGCCCCGAGCUAAGGAUUCGCACAGAAGUUACGAUAACGAAGACAAGUCAUGUUACCUAGAGUGGCAUUUAUUGGACAUAGUGCCUAGAUUGCUCGAUGUGGUGUUGAAUCCCAUCAAACAGCAACUCACGCAGAGGCAAUGCGCGCCAGCACAUGACCAUGGCGAAAUUCUAAAGCAAGAACGUCUAGCUGAAUUUUGUUGCAAAUUGAUUGCAAGAAUUAUCGCCGAAAUGUCUUUCAGUGCGUUACAGUACACUAAGGAUGACGCAGAUGAAAGCACAAUAAAGCACCAAGUGACCGCGUCCCGGUUCAUGCGAGUGAACACAGCACGCACAUGGAGCACCGGUAACGGCAGUCCGGACGCGAUCUGCUUCACCGUGGACCGCCCCGGCGUGGCGUUGUGCGGCGCAUGCGUCUUUGUCGGAACUGGACAAUACGAUUACUCCAUAGAACUGUUGCAUGAUAUGCGAACUACUUGCGAAGAAGCCAAUCCGACACAUUGUUGGGUUAGCUGCGAAGUAGCCGAUGGAUCCUUUUCCUCUGCAGACGCACAUUACGAAAUGGUACAAGUCAAAUUUGCAAGGCCUGUUAUGCUUAAAGAUGACACUCGCUAUGCGUUACGGUUCUGCUGUGAAGGCACGCGCACAGCUAGCGGCGAUUGUGGUUUGCCCGCCGUCACUGGCCCUGAUGGAACCACUUUCCAUUUCUCCUCAUGCUCGCUCAGUUUUAACGGCACCACUCUCGCAAGGGGCCAGCUACCUUGCCUUAUAUACUAUAGGACCAAAUGGCAUAGCAGCAGCAACGAAGCCGGCCCCUGUACUAACGCAUCCGGUACAACAGCACGUGGUUCGGAUAAUGCUGACGAUUUGGAGUGGGAGCGAGGUGCGGCGCGCGAGGCGGCCGUGGCUGUCGCCAUGCAAGUAGCGGAGAGAAGUGGGGCUCUACUAGCGGCGUUGAGGACUCUGCCCCCAGAUGACUUGCGUCGGGCUGCCCCUCUAAUGGCAGCUGCACCCGCACUAAAUACCUUACUGCCCUAUGCUCUUGCAAAUCUAGAAGGACUUAAUGAUUCUAAAAGUGUCAUUCAUCUUCUCGAAAUGGUUCAUAAGCUACUACCACAUGUGGCAGCAAUAAAUCAUGAGUUGCCAAGGGCUGAUGACAUUCCCACCACUACCACGACGAGUCAAUAUUACACAUGGGUAGAGAGUGACCAUCCAUACAAACAAUCAACAGUUAUUAAUAAAAGGGUGCUAUUUCCGCCAUCGGUGUCAUGGAUAGUGUUAGAGAUGGAUCCACGCAGUAUCACGGCGCAGUCAGAGGACACGCUGACAGUGUACGCGGUGGCCGGCGCGCCCAAGCACCGCUGCCACUGCAUCAACGACGCCCGCAUCCCGGACCCACCCUUCCGUAAGCGUCUCGUCCAGUUAACUUCGGAGACAGGAGAAGCGGAAGAGCUAGAGGAGACAAGUUCGGACGCACCAUGCAUGCACUAUAACUGUACAUAUGUCAGUGUCACGCCAAAAUUAUCAAACAUUCCCACAGACAGACCUCAAAGGUCUUUACUGGUGCCAGGGAAUGAAGUUAUAUUUUCCCUUGAAACAACGUCUGAUUAUUUAAAUGAUUAUAAUAAAUCAAAUAAUGAAGAAAGCCGCUUCGGCUUCCGGUGCCUAUGCGUUGGGUAUGAAGAGGCUCCCUUUACUAACAUCAAAACUGGAGGCUCUCUCGGAGGGCUGGCGACCCUGGAGAUGGAGCUCGUACACCUCGGUGCCUCGUGUGCGGCGCUCCUACUCGCCCCGGACCUAGAUGUGCCACCUCUUACACACGCCACUGUAGUGGAAGUGCAGAUGCAGGCAAUGUCAACGAGCGGUGCAGGCGCGGGCACGGACGAGGCGAGCUCGGACGAGACGGAGUCGCUGCUCCUCUCGCGCGGCCUCGAGUUGGGCUCCCCGCCCACAGUGCAUGCCGUGCUGGAUGGACUGCCUUUGCUUAGG